AUUUUGCAGCUUAGCAGGCGUUAAACAAAUGUAAGCCAGGGCAAAUAAGUGGUCAAAGUGGACAAAGGAUAGCCGAACCAUUUGACUAAGCAGCGGUCAAAUGAAAAAUCCCACGCCAGCUUAGGCCAACAAACACACACGCCGAGGAUUGCAGCCACUCGACGCUAAAUUAACACAAGCCAGAGUUUCAGAAAUUAAAUUCUUUGCUGAACUUUGAGAGUUGUUUUACUUGAAUUGACGACGAAACUCUUGGGGUUUCUGCAAAGUGCAAGCAAGAGUAAGUUAACCCAAGCUGCUAAUAUGCCAGUUUGACACGCCCACAGGCAAAGCGGGCGCAGCAGCUGCCACAAUGAGCAAGGACAACAACAAUAACGGCAACAACAACGGCAACAACAACAACCCGAUCGCUAGCGAAGCAUUGAACAGCAGCGUUAAUGACGCGCUUUGGUCCCUCGACAAUCUGGAUGGCAUCAAUCAAAGCGUCGAGCUGCACUGCCUGCUGCAGCAGCAAAUUGAGGCAACGACCUAUGGCAAUGCCAGCGACCAUUGCCUCACCCAGUUCGAUACGAUACUCUGCUGGCCGCGCACGGCACGCGGCACCCUGGCUGUGCUCCAGUGCAUGGAUGAACUGCAGGGCAUACACUACGACAGCAGCAAGAAUGCAACGCGCUUUUGCCACGCGAACGGCACCUGGGCCCAGUAUACGGACUACGAUGCAUGCGCCCAUUUGCCCGCGGAGACGCAGACAGUGCCGGAGUUCGAGACCAUUGUGGAGCUGCCCACCAUCAUUUAUUAUAUUGGCUAUGCCCUAAGCCUGGUCUCGCUCACGCUGGCGCUGAUUGUCUUCGCCUACUACAAGGAGCUGCGUUGCCUGCGGAACACCAUCCACGCCAAUUUGUUCUUCACCUACAUCAUGUCGGCUUUGUUCUGGAUACUCUUGCUGUCCGUGCAGAUCUCUAUUCGCAGCGGACUGAGCAGCUGCAUUGCCCUGGUCACGCUUUUUCAUUUCUUCACGCUGACCAAUUUCUUUUGGAUGCUGGUCGAGGGUCUGUAUCUGUAUAUGUUGGUGGUCAAGACUUUCUCCGGCGAUAAUAUACGAUUUAAUAUCUACGCCUCCAUUGGCUGGGGCGGUCCGGCGCUCUUUGUCGUCACCUGGGCGGUGGCAAAGAGUCUAACGGUGACCUACAACAACAACAUGGAGAAGUAUGACAUCAACUGUCCCUGGAUGGAGGAGACAAAUGUCGACUGGAUAUUCCAAGGACCCGUCUGUGCGGUUCUCAUCAUCAAUUUGACAUUCCUGCUGCGCAUCAUGUGGGUGCUCAUCACCAAGCUCCGGUCCGCGAAUACCGUGGAGACGCGCCAGUACCGGAAGGCGGCCAAGGCGUUGCUCGUGCUCAUUCCGCUCUUUGGCAUCACCUAUCUGGUGGUGCUAGCCGGCCCCUCCGAAUCGGGCCUAAUGGGUCACAUGUUUGCCGUGCUGCGCGCCGUGCUGCUCAGCACCCAGGGCUUUUGGGUGUCUCUGUUCUACUGUUUCCUCAAUUCGGAGGUGCGCAACGCGCUGCGACAUCAUGCAUCCACUUGGCGCGACACGCGCAACAUACAACGCAACCAGAACCGACGGUAUACAACAAAAAGUUUCUCCAAGGGCGGCGGCUCCCCUCGCGCUGAGAGUAUGCGCCCUUUGACAUCUUACUACGGACGUGGCAAGCGUGAAUCUUGUGUAUCUUCGGCCACAACCACCACGCUGGUGGGUCAACAUGCACCGCUGUCGCUGCACCGUGGUUCAAACAAUGCGCUCCACAUGCUGCCCACCAAUAUUGCGGGCACUGGCAGCACUCUGAGCGUCAUGCCCAGAGCCAUCAGUCCCCUAAUGAAGCAGGGACUCGAGGAGAACUCCGUAUAAGAGGGCGUGCCCACACACAGACAGAGUGUAGAUGAAAUGAAGUCUCCUAGGUCUCCUAUUGAUGUUGUUGUUGGCAUUGAUGGAACUGUAAAUUGUACAACUAAGUAGUCAAGAUUUUAGCAAAUGGCAAGCAAGCUGCAAGCAUCUUAAGAGACUGAACUGAAUUUUAAUUUGAAUUUUUCCAUCCCACAAUAUUUCACAAUGUGGAGCUGAAGUUCAUGAGUUAACAAUUGUUUUCCAAUUACGCAUAGCUAUAUGAAGUUUUUAUCUUUUAACUACUAUAAACCCAUAAUGAUAGCCACACACACUGUUUUAAUUGUUGGAUGUUGUUGUAAAUGUUUUCAGCCAUAUGAACUAAACCUAUGCGAACGCUACCUUAAACAACUAUUCUA